CUGGAGGAGAAUUGUUUUACUUAAUUGGCGACCUCCCAUAUACCCAUGCGUGUCAAGAUCUUCGUAUUUCGUUUUGCCUAAGAAAGUGUUGAGGUUCUCGUUGUCAGUGUUUUUCAAAUCAAUAUCUGUGUAACCUUCCAAUACCCUUUCAAUAUCAGCUGGAGUGGCUGUUUCUAUUUACACUGCGACCAUCGAUACUGCGUUCGGGAGAUCUGCGAACCAUCAAUACCCAAAUUUCAUUCAAGAGAUAUAGUCUUUGGUGUUCAUUCUACAAACUGGGAGAGAAACAAUACCACACACAUACUGUGCGACCAUCCCGAGACUUGCGGGGUACAGUCUCGAUUUAAGACAACCAUAAGUCACGGAAUUCCGACUCUACUUCCUGUAGGCCAGGUAGCAAAAAGUACUGGAGUCAACAUCUUCCAGCAUGGCCAACACAAAUGGCGCAAGGAAGACCGUCUCGGCAGUGGAGAAGCUCAGGGCCAUGAUCGCAGAGCCAGACAAGAUCGUCGUAUGUCCUGGGGUUUACGAUGGUUACACUGCACGAAUUGCGCUUGCUGAGGGCGUGGAUUGUCUCUACAUGACGGGCGCAGGAACGACGAUGUCACGUCUGGGCAUGGCAGACAUGGGUGUUGCAACGAUGAACGACAUGCGCGACAAUGCUGCCAUGAUCGCGUCACUUUCUCCCUCCACACCACUCAUUGCUGACGCGGAUACGGGUUACGGCGGCGCAAUCAUGGUGGGCCGAACUGUCACCUCGUACAUCCGCGCAGGCGUAGCAGGUCUCCAUCUCGAAGACCAAGUCGUGACGAAGCGCUGCGGCCACCUCAAGGGCAAGCAAGUCGUCGACAUCGACGAGUACGUGAGCAGGAUACGCGCUGCAGUCAUGGCUCGAGAGCAGUCCGGCGGCGAUAUCGUGCUCAUUGCGAGGACGGAUGCUCUUCAAGGCCUGGGUUACGACGAAGCUGUCAAACGACUGCGCGCUGCGGUAGCUACCGGCGCAGACGUUGCUUUCCUUGAAGGCGUGACCACACGUGAGGAUGCUGAAUCGUUCGUCAAGGAUCUAGCGCCAACGCCUUGUCUAUUCAAUAAUGUACCCGGUGGUGUCAGUCCAGAUUUCACUGCGCAAGAAGCGAGGGAAAUUGGGUACAAGAUAGCUAUCUACCCGGCCUUGGGUAUCGAAGUCGUCUAUCCGGCAGUGAGGAAAGCAGUUCAGGAUUUGCUGAAGAGUGGUAGGGUGGAGAGUGUGGAGAAAGACGGAAAGAGGUGGAGCCCCAGGGAGAUGUUUGAGGUUUGUGGAUUGAACGAGGCCAUGGCGUUUGAUCGUGAGGCUGGAGGCAAGUCCUACCUAGACGGAGCAUGAUCGGGAAGGUGUGUUGUUGUCGAUUUACCUCGUUUCAUUUUGAGAAAGAGCUUUGGGAUAGCGG